UUUUCACUAUCUCGUUUACUAUCAGAACCAAAUGAAAUUUCAUUUUUCUUUUAUUCAACUCCUGGUUGUUUUGGUUUGAAAACGAAGAGAGGAUCUGUGCUCAAGAUAAACAAGAAAUGAAUCAUAACAGAUAUAAGAAUGGGUGCUGAUUUGAUUUGGUGUUGAGUUCGAGUUAUUCUGGGUGAUUUAUGGAGUUCUCUGCAACAACAGAUCUGGGGGUCUAUUACAUGAGUUCGAUUGAAGGAUUCUUGGGGUCUGUUUGGUGUCGUUUAGGUGUGACGAGAAAUGGAAUUGGGGUUUAUCAAAGCUAGGUCUGGAAAAUGGUGCAAGUGGUUGUCGAUACAGUUGCUGGGGUUAACUGAGUCUCCCUGAAAUCAGUUGGAAGUGGUCUCAGAUGGUCGAAAUUAGGAGCUUGUGGUGUUGAAUUUGCGUUCUACAACAACAACCGAGGAAGGAGAAGAUGGUGCCAGUUUGAAAUGAUGUUGAGCCCGAUAUAUAAUAUUUUGGGGUUCAGAUUCCAAUCAAUUUGGAGAUUUCUUAACCCAAAUUCGAAUUGGGUUUGUCUGAGAGAUUGACAGUAGCGAAGGCAACAGAUUUAUGGGGGUUUUAGUGUGUUGGUCGUACGGGCAGCUAUCCAGAUUUCAGUGAAGAUGAAAACGACCAAGUUAGGGCUCAAAUCAGUGAAGGUAUGGGUCAUAUUCGAGCUGAAUUUGACGCCGGUUGUUGGUGGUGAUUGAAUUGGGGGUGGCAGGUAGGGAAGUGGUUCUGUAUGCCGGUUGAUUUGUGUCUAUCAUUACAUGGAGCUGUAGCUAUCAGUGGAGGUGAUGCUCAGUUGGUUACAGAACAAGAAGGGUGAUGUAGUUGGUUUGGAAAGUGUUUAAGGGACAGAGAAUAGAAGACGUAGGUCUGGUGCUUGCGAAAAUGUCGCAGUGAAAUCAAACAGCGGAGAAGGUGCUUGAGUAGUCAGUUAAUUGAGAUAGAAAGUGAGAUGUUGUGUCUAGAUGUGGGAGCUGGUGCUGGUGUCUAGAGAUUCAGAGAAGAGCAAGGAAAUAGGCGGUGUUAUGGAUGUUACCGGACUCGGUACUGACCUGAAUUUGGAGACUGAAGUUGGUGUCACAUUGGGCCUGGGUACCUGUUUCCUUGGUCCAGAUGGGAUUUCUUGGCAACACAUAUAUAAAUACCAGUCUGAGAUGCAAAGAGGAAGAGGUCGUUUACAUGGAAGAAACUAGGUGUUCUUGUUACGGCAAUGACGUCUUAUCAAGAGGAUGAGUCCAUGUCUCUCGGAGAAUACAGGUAUGGACCGCAAUACCAGGAGAUUCGUGAACACAAUCGUCUCAUGCAUGGAAAUCCUUAUCAGCAUUACUUCGAAACUGGUGAUUAUUCACAUGAGUAUCAAAGUUACCAUCAGGAUGAUUUGUCACAUGCUGAGAUUUUCAACCAGAAUAUAGCUAGUUUGGAAAGACGGAUAGAGAUGCUAGAAACCAGAGGUCAUAUGAAAAUAAUAAUCUGGUUUAUGGUAACUCGUGUUCCACAAAAUACUUUGAUUAUUCAUACAUGUACAAAACCCAAUACAUUGGGGAUAGGUAUUUGCAUGAGGUAUGUGAACGAUCUUUGAAUUGGCAGAAUAAUGAGGUUUCAGACUAUAGAAAUUUGAGCAUGGAAGAUAGCUUAAGGUUAUUAACUCAUUAUACACUAAAAAUUAGUCGAGAAACUUCUCAACUUCAACAGUCCACUCAAAAAGCCUUAGAAAACAUUGAAUAUCAAGUAGGUCAAAUGACUAAACACUUAGAGGAGGAACAAAGUUGGUUCCCAAGCCAGUCUCAAUCCCAAUCUAAUUGUACUUAAGAGUAUAUUGAUUAUUCUUCUGUGGGAGAAACUGAUAAUGAUCAACUUGUAGAAGUUUUGAGUGGAAGUGAGGAUACCCAAGAUUCUCAAAAUUCAGAUAAUUAUGAUGUAGAAGAACCUCCAUAUGUAGAGGAUGCUACUAUUGAGUGUCAUGACUCAAAGGUGACAUAUGUUUAUAAUGAGAAACCUUCUAAUCAUUUUGAAUUCUGAGAUUUAUAAUACUUUUGAAAAUGAUAACAAUAUGGCUAUUCAUGAUACUGUUGCUACACUAUGCACAAAUUUUGUUGAUUUAUCUUGUGAUUCUACGAAUGUUUUUGUGAAUGUUGAACAGAUUGAUGUUGGUCAGGCAGUUUGUACCGAAAAACUUGAACCUUUAUAUGUUUGCUUAUUGCAUUUUGCUGAUUCUAAAGAUCCCAUUAUGCAUGCAACUAUUGUUGCAGUAGGUCCAUUUUUCGUCGAUCCAUCUAAUAGUUCUCGAGAUGCAUGUAUGAAUGUGGAGCCAAUUGAUACAGGGCAGUCAACUUGGACAACUGAUUUUGAACCACUCUCCAUGUGUUUAACUCAUUUUGCAGACUUCGAUGACCCUAUGCGAAUUGACAUUGUCAAUGCAUUUGAUUCUUCGAUGGGAAAUAUAGGUAACUUAACAACGGAAGUUAUUUCCACGGACCUAAACCCAUAUUUAGGGGUUAUUGCUUUUAAUGAACUUGAACCACUAGAUCUAUGCUUAGAAAAUUUUGUUGAGUGUGAUGCUCUGAUGCCUAUUGUUAGUGUUAGUACAUUUCUUCCUCCGAUUUCUAGUGAAGGUAGUUUGUUUACUGAAAAUAUUUCAGUUGAUCUUGAACCAGAUUUAGUGUCUGCGCUCCGAAUGAACACUACGGAACAAUCUGUAUCCUUUGUGUGUGAAUAAUUUACUCAUCCCGAUAAAAUAUGACUUAAUUACUACGGAAUGUUUGGAACAGGGAAUGGAUUUUCACAUAUGUUCGGCUGACCGUAGUCUUCACAGGUUCUUAUUUACAGCUAACCUGAUAUGUUGGGUCGAUCCCCAACUUUUCAGGCUUUACAUAUAUGCUUGGCAGGUUGAUGUUGUAUAUCAUCUUUACUUUGUUUGAGACAACUUGCUGCGCGCAAGUAUGGAACAAAUAGCAUUCGCUUCGUGGGAGUCAACCCAUCAGUUUUGUUCCCUUUACUCUAUCUUCUAUCUUCGUUUGCCUAUUGCAUAUCGCAUUUUAGAAUUUCCCACCUUAAUUCUACGUUGGAUGACUCAAUUACAUUGACGACAAUGUAAAGUUCAAGUAUGGGGGAGUGAUUAAGUUUAUAUAGAUUUGUAGUAGGAAUUCAAUUUCGUUAUGAAUUUUCUUUAAAAAAAUAAAAUGUUUGCACGACAUGACCAAUUGUUGAGCGGGUCUUUCUGAUCCUUUGUCUUGCUGUUUAGCAGACAUUUCUCUUCCACUGUUUAGUGGAUUCGUCUUGCUGUUUAGCUGACAUUUCUCUUCCACUGUUUAGUGGAUUUGUCUACCUGUUUAGAAGACAUUUCUCAAUCACUGUUUAGUGGUUUCGUCUAACUGUUUAGCAGACGUCUCUCCAUAUCCAGCUGUGUAGCGGAUAUAAUUUUUCUUAUUUUGCUCAAGGACUAGCAAAAUGUAAGUGUGGGGGAGUUUGAUAAACACGACAUUUUUAUACCACAUUUAUACUAGCUAGGUCUCGAUAUUUAGCUAAUAAUACUGUUUCAAGUUAUUUACAGGAAUUACAAGAAAAUCCGAUUGCCGGAAGAAGAAACAGCAAAAGUAGAAGUUGAAUUGACUUCUGCGACCAUAAGCACUCAUUGUUCUGAGGGCACUACAGAAAGUAAUUAUGGGUAGCCAAUAUUUGUCACAUCUACCACACAAGUUCACGGCCUGGGAAGUCUAGUGGAUUUCUUUGUGCACUCAAGCGUCUUACGCAUGUGAAAGCCACUAAUGGGUUAAAAAACCAAGUGAAGGACGUGUUAUCUUCUCCACCACAUCUUUUUUGUGGUAUUUUUCACUAUCUCGUUUCCUAUCAGAACCAAAUGAAAUCUCAUUUUUCUUUUAUUCAA